UCUUCGGAAAAGUUACAGAUUGACAGUGAUUUUUAGGCGAAUUCUGGCUCGGGGAGACCAGUUCCACAUCAAUAUGGUGUGCAAGAAGGAGGUUAUUAACUGGUUUCGGGACCUCAGUGCCUGUAGGAGGAUAGAAUUCUUGUGUGCUUUGAUGGACUGCUGUGGUCCUCUGGAGCUGCGAUUCUUGGGAACGUACAUUGAAGAACUUGGCCGUCGUGAUUACGACCGUCUUCGCGAGAUGGAACUAAACGCAAACGACGUCAACUAUUUAUCGAAAUUAAUCAACAUCUCAGAUAUAAGGAUAUUGGAUAAAGUACUAACAAGCCUGGCGCUUAUGUCUUCAAGAUGUAAAGAUGGUGCAAGGGUGCUUUUUAAAACUCUGAAGGAUCAUACGGAUAUUAUUUUGAACAGAGCAUGCCCGAGAGAGCCGUGUUCAGAAACACAUGAAAAAGUGGUUUUAUUGGCUGUAAUGGCGCUCAAUCAUCCAGCUUUUACUUUCAGUGAAAAGCAGGCUUUAAGAUCACAACUAUCAGCAUUACUGCAAGCAGUAGAGAGUAGUGUUCAUUGUGAAGAUGACGCUGAUUACUCAGUGAAGGAUAUAAUUUACGAGUACAAGGAGCCGCAAAGUCAAGAAAUAUCUGAAGUACCUGAUCAGCAAAUUCUCUCCAAUGAGCAAGAUGCUAAUGAUGCGGUAGAAGACAGACAGACGGAUAGUAACAAUGACGCUGUCACUACCUUGGAGAAUGAUAAGAACUCCAGUCAAGAUCAAGAUAACCCAGUUUUCAUCUGCAAUAUUGAAGGAAAAGGUCUCAGGAAUAGAACUUCGGACAAACGAUACGAGUACAAAUUCAUGGUUCACUGGACUGACAACAGCAUCAGCAACAUCAGUAAAACCCACGGCCAGCUGCUGGACUUCCAAUGCAAGCUUUAUAAGCUCUUCCCUGAGGAGGCUGGUGAGCAACAUCAAGAUGGAAUCCUUCCUUCUCUACCAGGUAAACGAAUGUUCAGCACGUCCCACAAGGGGGAUUUAGCAGAGAAGAUGCUACCUGAGAUUGCACAGUAUGCCAAACAACUGUCUGCCUUGCCAAAACACAUCCUGCAUUGUAAGUUGGCCUCCAGCUUCUUCCGAUCAUCCAGCGUUUCUGACAAUACCACUUCUGACACCAAAAAUGUAGCCGGCCUCACAAAUCCAACAGCAGCUCAGGAACAAGAUGUGAAACAGAGUUCGAGUCCAGCUCAACUGUAUCAACAAGUUCCCAAGCACAUCCAACAGCAGCAGCAGCAGCAGCAGCAGUUCCCAUUACAAGACAUUGAUCAACAGCAGCUACUCUAUCAGCAGCAGAUGCCGACCAACUCUCAACAACAACAGUACCAUGACCAGAUACUGAAACCAACGCAGCAGCAACUGACACCCCCACAACCACCACCCUAUCCCCAGAUGCAGAUACUGCAGCAGGUGCCAGUGCAGAAGGUGCCAGUACAGCAGGUGCCAGUACAGCAACCUCUCACCCAGCAUCAGCAAACCCUGCAGCAGUCGCCCGUCAUUCAUCUACAGCAGCAGCAAACAGACUCGCCUGUGCACCAGGGUCAACUCCAGCCUGGUCAACAGGCAAUGCUUCCAAACCAGAACCAGCCACAUCCGGUUUCAACCAGUCAUAACCAGCAGUUGCCGCAUUCUUUCAAUCCUCACCCUGUGGAGUUCUUUAACAAGCAAGAGGGCAUGCCUUCUUCAAAACCGAACCAAGUCAAUAUUCCACAGUUUGUCAAGUAUUCUAAACAGCAGCCCCCGCCACAGCAGAUUGCACACCAGCCUCAGCUGCAGCAGCCUCAACUGCAGCAGUCUCAGCUCCAGCAGCCCCAAUCUCCCGACAGCCAAGCAUCCCGACGUCCCCAGUCUGAACUCACUCCACCAACAUCUCACCAUAACUUAACAGCUUUAGUUAGUCAGAUGCAUAUAUCCCAACAUCAUCAAGUAAAUCUGUCAACUCCUAAUAUUCCCCCAGCACCAGUCAGCAACUCCAACAAAAGCGGUGUCAGCGGUGGGAUGGGCAUUUGCAAGCAAGGCACAACAAUGACUCCAUCUAUUGUGACUACUACAGCUAGCAGUAGCUCAGUCUACUAUCACACGGUGACAAGCGUUGUUUCCAUUCAAAGUCCACCUACUCAGCCUUAUUCUACAGUUGCUAAUGGUACAGAACGAGGAUCCAAUGCGCAACAGUUUAAAUCAACCUGGACAAUCGACAAUUCAAAACAACUAAGCAACUCAUACCCCCCUCCUUCCAAACAUUGUCCUCCUACGCCCACAUACACUGCAAACCUGCAGCCCUACUCCACCCAGCCCCCUAUCGUAGCAUCCUCAUCCCAUUCAUCUACCCCUAGUGCCUCUACCAAUCGGUCCUGGUCUGCACCACCUAGUAGCAACAUGGCCCCACCCUACUCGGGCCAUACUUCAGGGAUCUACACACAGUAUCCCCCUAGGGACAAUGUGGAGCCUUUGAUCCAUGAGUGGCUGAAGAAACAACGACUUCAUAAAUACGCAAAGUUCUUUGAUGGCAAGACUGUGGAGCAGGUGUUACAGUUGAGUGAUCAGGAAGUAGAUUCAUGGGACAUUGUGCAAGGAGCAAAGGGUAGGAUUAAAUCACAGCUUGAGCAACUCAGGCAAAAUGGCUUAAGUGGAUUGAACGGCAUGAGCCAGUUGAUGAACCAUCCACCACCACCAUUCUACUACCAAGGACAACUCUAUCAACCACCAUACAACAGGCAGAUGCUUAAUCAACUCUGUAUGCCUCCUGUAGGAAAUGAAGGAACGGGUUCUGAAGGAUCCAGUUCCCCGUCGAGUCCAAGGGACAGUUCCGAUGAAAAUGAGAGAGAAUCGGAAGGUAGUGAAGGAUCGGUGUUAUCAUCCCCUGAAGCUAAGCCACUAGCUGGUGUCAACAGAGAGCCCAUCAAUCAACAUUAUCAACAGCUGACUACCCAAGACAACAGUGGCUCUCAAGGAACUAUACCAGCUCAGCAAAUCCAACCUCAGUUCGUACCCCAGAUGUCCCCACUUCCUGCUCCUCAUGGGAACCCACCCCAGCCAGGAGGUAUCCAAGGAAGCCCUCUUUCAAACCCACCAAUCAACAUGACCUACAACUUCAACACCGUAUGCCCUUCUCCCAAUAUUGAGCUGAUGCCAACUGCACCUGUUGAUCUGAGACGCCUGAUGGAUGGAACCCAGAGACAGACAGACAACAGACUUACCCCAGUCCCAAUGAUGGAAAUGAGUAACAUUGUAGGCCAAUCAACAGGAAAAGGUGGAAACGGGACUAACGCUCAUAUCGGUGGCAGCAGUGGGAACGGUGGGUCCAAUGUGAACAUGGCAAGACAUCAAGUGCAACUUAUGGCUUAUCUUGGUGAUCCAAACAUGAUGGGAAUACCACCUCCAAAUAUACCCCCAUCAUUACCUUCUCACAACCAGAUGGAUGUCGGAGCCAACAUUUCUUCUCAAGUGGUCAAGCAGCCGCUGCAACCAUCACUGCAGCAACUGCAGCAACAACAACAACAACCACAGCAGCUGCAACAACCACCCCAGCAGCUGCAACAACCACCCCAGCAGCAGCAGGCUCUGCAGCAAAACCUACCGGGACUACAGUACUCUGUCGAGUGCAAAGACUCCAACAUGUUUAAAAUGCCGUCCAUUGUAGUACCUGAUGUUGUUCCAACAUCGACUGUCUCUCCUGGCCCAACCAUUCCCUCAACUGUACCAGUGACCCCUAGAAAUGAUGUGCCACCACCCGUUGUCUCCAGCACAAACAGCCCUAGGUUAUUACCCAGUCCCAUCAACAUGAACUAUCCAGUAUCAAGGGCAGGCUUUGUUCCUCCAAAUACGCCAACAACAUUUGCCAUGCAUCUAGGACCAGAUCAGUACCAUGCCCCAACCUCAGUGACUUAUGUAACUAGUAUGGCACAGACACCUGCUGUUACGCUGCCGCGUAGCUAUGACACCAACGCCAGUAACUUGUUGUAUAAUAACAACAAUCAGACGGGUUAUUCCUCUAACCCAGGAUGUACAUCCUGCGGCUGUAGUGGUCAAUGUGGUACCACUGGUGGCCAUCAUGGUCCUGUUCAUCACUUUCCUAUACAGAGUGCCUAUCCUUCUAAUCAUAUUACUUACCAGAAUGUUCCCAGCUACUUCCCUAAUCUACCCGGAAUGGCGCCUCCAGGGAACAUGAUGCCGUCGCCCAUUCCUGGAAGCCCUCGAUUCCCCGGUGCGUUUAUCCCGUUCCAGAACCGUCAGAAUGAGAUGGCGUAUGGGGGUAAUGGUCAGCUAGGUAUGAUACCACCAGGUCAGAUGUACCUUGGUGGAAUGAACUAUGGCCAUAGAGGGAAUCAUAACAACCAUGGAGCUAAGAAACUCACUUGCUAUAACUGUGGUCGAAUAGGUCAUCGUGUUGCUGAAUGUCCAGAGCCUACUAUGGAUUUUACCCAGAAUAGUUAUCGACUGGAUUGGAAACCACCAGAGUCUAAUGAUGACAGCUAAAAUCAGCCAGCCGCUUGUUAGCCUUCAAAUAUUGUACAUCAAUCAGAAACAACUCUAAACAUCCUUACUGUCAAGUGGUAGUACAACAGACCAGGUAAACUGUAAAUAUAACUUGCUGCUGAAUAUUCAUGAGUCAACUUGAAAAGCUUUGAUUGGUUGAGAUUUAUUAGGGUUCUGAGUUAUUCAUAACUCUGCUUUUAAAGCUUCAAAGUUCUUUUACAAGAUGAUGAAUACAGAAGCGUUAAAUUGGCUAAGAGUAAACAGGGGCCUUGAAAUCCUGAGUUUUGUGUAAGAAGGAUGAAUAAUUCAUGAGACGAUGAAUCAUUCAUGAGAUGAUAAAGAAUUCAUGAGAUGAUGAAGAAUUCAUGAAAUGUUGAGUAAGCUACAAUAUUUUCUAACAAGUAUCAAUGAUCCUGUAAGGAUAAAGCAUUACGUGAAGAUGAUUUUUACAGAGAUACAUGUAGGUCGACGUUGUAUUUUAUAAUUUGGGACAAAUUGCAGUUGGAAAAGAAAGAGGCUGCAUAUUUUAAAAAUGUUUUAAACCUGAGUCAGCUUACAUGGCAAAGGAUGUAGGUCACCAGCUGUAUUAAAAAAUCACCUCAAAUUUUGAGCGUUGAGCGUUGAGCGUACUUGUAGAUAUUGAGAGUUUUUUUUUUCUUAUCAGCUCAGAAAAGAUUGAGAAGUCGAAGAUGUAAAAUGUUAUUCAAUGAUCUUUAACCAGUUUCUCUAUUUGUUUUCUUCUCAAUUUCCUCAGUUUUCAAGGAGGCAACGUCGAUUAUCGCAAAAGAUGAAAAAAAAUUGUACAAAAUACCAAAGUGUGUUUUUUUCCACCUCAAAGUGAUUUUUUAAAUUAUUAUUGGAAACAUUGGGGUUGUUGAAACAUAACUGGAAAUCGUUCACUUACGCUGAUAAACAAUUUAAGGUAUUUUUAUGGUUACGGAUGCGUGGUGUAUGUUGUGCAUUGUUCUUUUGAUGACAUUGCUUAAAGAUACCUCUUGAAACUUAUGUUGGUUGGCAUAACCAUAUUAAGAUGGGGAAUGGCAAAGUGAUACAUACCAAUAAAGACAAACAAAACGACAAGCACUUGUAGAAUAAGCAACCAGCAUUCCCACUUUAUAAUGCUCGGCCAGUAUUAUGCUCGGCCAAUAUUGAUCUGCAUCAAUUCUUUACCUUUUUUUCUUAAGAUAUUCAUCAGUUCUCAAAUUCACUUCAAGAUGACAUUGAUAUAUCUGAUUCAAAAAUGAUCAGAAUUCAAGUAUUUUUUAGGCAAAAUAACAAAACAGUAGCCUGAGGCCAAAUAAGAUGAGACACUUUGUGUAUUACCUGCUUGCCUGUCAGUCUGUUGCCUGUUGGCAUGCCUGAUGGCUUGCCCAUGGGAGUUUUACAUUUAAAGUAGAUAUUAAAAGUGAUAUUCUCCACCAGCUUAUAAUAAUAUGGUAGGAAAUUAUGUUUAAAAUUGAGUCAAAAAGCUGGGCUCCAAAGUGCUUUAAAAUUGCUGCAAGAUAUUAUUAAUGUACAGUAGAUAUUUGGUUUAUGUUUCAUUCAUUGGAACUUUUAUUUUUCUCUGGUUGGACAGAGACAAGAUUAUUCAUUUGUUUUUUAGUAUUAUAAAAGGAAAUGAUUAAAGGACACAUUGUGAUGUCAUUUAAGAACAGUAUUCACAUUCUAUCUACCACUGCUAUACAUGUUGUGCUCUCACUGCAUGCAGUACGGGUUAGGUUUACAGGCAUGUAUGUUUCGUUUUGGAAAGGGUAAGGGCAGUGGCACCAAUGCAUUUUUUCCUAUGGAGUCCUUGGUAAAGGGCACCCUGUGAGGAC